AAAAUAUCACAUUUACAUGUACCUGUUGGGGAGGCUUACAAACUGGGACACCAUUCCUGUGAUAGAUGGUGACAUGCCUGCAGGUACUGCAGAGGCAGCCAAGGGCAGAGAGCCUGCAUCCUGCCGGAUGCCUGCGCUCUCCCUCACCACAUGGACAAUGCACCCAGGGCCCUGUGCUGCACAGCCUUGCAGAGGAGAGGAGCUCUCUCCACAGAGAAUUCCACUUGAAGAACCAACGAGAGGGGCUGCUAAGAUGGAGGGUCCCACUGCUGAUGUAACGACAUUGUAUGCUGAGAACAUACUGGAAGUAGGAAGGGUUACUUUUGGAGAAGAGAACAGGAAGAAGAUGACCAACGGCCAUUUGAAACGAACUGAGAAUCUGAAUAUCAUCCAAGCUGCCUGUGCCCUGCUGAACUCUGGUGGGGGUGUGAUCAAAGCCGAGACUGCAGACAGAAGCUACAGUUACAGAUGCCAUGGGCUGGGACAUGACUUGGAAACCUCUUUCCAAAAGCUCCUUCCUUCAGGAUCACAGAAAUACCUUGACUACAUGCAGCAGGGGCACAAGCUGUUGAUUUUUGUGAAGCCGUGGAACCCGGAGAUUUCCAGCCUCCUCCAACUAAGGAUUUGCAGCUUGCGCUCCAAUUUGUACCAGAGAGAUGUGACUUGUACUAUCAACUUGAGUGCCAGCAGUGCCCUGGAACUUCUGCGAGAGAAGCAGCAUGGAGCACAAAGAGGAAGAUGGAGGCUGCAUCAAAGGGCUCUCCACAGGAACCUCCAGGAAGAGGAAGACAUGAAGAUACUGGCUUCAGAGUUUUUUGAAAAGGAUAGGCUCAUGUAUAAGGAGAAGCUCCACUUUACUGAGUCAACACACGUUGAGUUUAAAAGAUUCACUACCAAAAAGGUUGUGCCUCGAAUUAAAGAAAUGCUGCCUCAUUAUGUAUCUGCAUUUGCCAACACUCAAGGAGGAUACCUCAUUAUUGGGGUUGAUAAUAAAAGCAAAGAAGUAUUUGGGUGUAAGAAAGAGAAAGUGAACCCCAAGGUGUUAGAAAAAGAAAUAGAAGCUUGCAUAGAGAAACUGCCUACUUUCCACUUCUGUGAUGAGAAGCCAAGGGUGAACUUCACCACCAAAAUCCUGAAUGUGCACCAGAAAGAUGAGCUCUAUGGCUACGUGUGUGUGGUUCACGUGGAGCCUUUCUGCUGUGCAGUGUUUGCAGAGGCCCCGGACUCCUGGGUCUUGAAGGACGACUCAGUCACCAGGCUAACAGCUGAACACUGGGUGCUCCUGAUGCUGGAUAUCCCACCAGCUCCUUCCAGUUUGGUCGCAGAUAAUACUCACCCGAUGAUGUCACCAGCUUCGUCUGCACUCAGAAGGCCAGUGUGUCCCACCAAAGUCCUGCAGUUUAAGGGGGUUCUGCAACAACGUGUGUUUCCAGUGACACAGAAAACACUGCAAUUUAAACCAGAAUCCUUCUGUAAGAAGCUCUUCUCAGAUCACAAAGGGCUGGAAGACCUAAUGAAGACACAGAUACAUCCUUGUUCUCAAGGGACGGUGGUGUUUUCUAGGAGUUGGGCUGGUGAUGUUGGCUUGAGGAAAGAGGAGAAGGUCCUGUGCGAUGCUCUGCUAAUAGCAGUUAACAGUCCCCUGGUUCUCUACACAAUCCUGGCAGACCCCAGCUGGGACGGAGGACGUCAAUAUGGCCGGAACGUGGCUCUUCAGUUAAAGCAGAAACUGCAAAGCAUUGCCAGCUACCAAGGGAAAGUGGGCAUCAUUCCAAGGCUGAUUCACCUGGCCGGUGCGUGCUGUGCGCCCGGUGAUGGUGCUGUGCCCUACCCCCAGGCCUACAGGCUUGCUGAUGUGCAGGCCAUGGAAGACCUGUUGCAGGCCAUUGUAGUGGUCUCGCUGUGUUCCAGAUCUCUCCUGGGUGACCAGCUGGGCUGCGAGUUUUUCAACCUGCUGAUAGCCGAGCAGUGGAAGGUACUUUCCCGGAGCCUUCAGGAGACCCGGGAAUUGUUCAUCUACUGUUCUCCGGGAAUCAGGAAGACAGCGUUAGCCAUAAAGACCAUGGAGGAAAUUAAGAUUCUGUUUCGCUGUGAACCAAAAGAAAUCCUGUAUGUUUGCGAAAGUGUCGCCCUCAGGGAUUUCGUGAAACACCAAAACACCUGCCAAGUUGUGACCCGGAAAACCUUCAUGCAAGUAGACUUUCCAAAGGUUAAGCACAUAGUGAUGGAUGAGAUUGAGAAUUUCUGCAGUCAAUAUGGAGACUGGUACUCAAAGGCCAGGAGCAUCACCCACCCCAGAGUGAGGGGCGCUGCAAGGGAAGAUCUUCAGCAUGGGAUUCUCUGGCUCUUUCUGGACCCUUUCCAAGUUCGUCACCCAGAUGUCAAUGGCCUACCCCCACCAUCGGCUCAGUUUCCUCGAAAAACAAUCACCGAUGGGAUCCACUGUGCUCGGGAAAUAGCAGAGUUCAUGAAAACCGAAAUGAGCCAAAUCAUCAAUUCUUGCUCUGCUGCAUCCCUGCACUCACUGGCAUUAUUCAGGGAGGCUGCCUGUGCCGAAGCCAUGAGUGCUCAGGCGCUGCCUGGGGUGUGUGAGAUGGAGACUGACCUGACCAUGGAACAAAUGGCAAGGUAUGUGGCAGAAAGAUGCCAUAGCUUGCUCCAGAGCGGCUAUCUUCCCAAAGACAUAGCAGUUCUGUGCAGGAGGGAUGAGGACAGAGGACGCUAUGAGCUUGCACUGCAAAGAGCAAUGGAAUUCCCUGGGACCCGUGGAGCAACAGAGAUGGUCUUCAGCCGGGCUGCUGGUGUGCAGGACAACAUCAUUUUAGACAGUGUUCAGCAGUUUUCAGGCCUGCACAGGAUUAUUGUGUUUGGACUUAGUCCAGAAUCACACCACUCAGAGGGAUUCCACAAGCUCUGCUUUGCCUCAAGAGCCAUUCAGCAUCUCUAUCUGCUGUAUGAGAGGGGGUAGUUUUCAGAGAAUUGAUGUAGGUAAUCCAGGAGGCCAGGAAGAGCUGAGCCCCUUCUCCCAAACAAGUGACCAAUUACUGCUUUUUAAUAGAACAAUGCCUGGAGCUGCAGACACAUCCUUUAGGGUUGACUCUGUUUGUGGGGGCUGCCUCCUUUCUCCGUGUGUACUUUAUCUCCCCCCUAUACCAAAGCAACACACCUGACAUGGACCUG